UGUUUGUUUUUUAAUUGACGUAAAUGGCGCCAGAAUAACCCCUGGCGGUGUUAUGCUGUUCAAUGUCAAAAGGCGGCACUUUCAAAGUUAAGGUGACAGCUAACUUACCAACAUGAUGUUCUACACACAACUCUUCACUUCUAAGCGCGGAUCACUAGCCAAAAUCUGGCUAGCAGCCCACUGGGAAAAGAAGCUAACAAAGGCCCAUGUUUUUGAAUGCAACCUGGAAACAACUAUCAGAGAAAUAAUUUCACCAAAGGUGAGAAUUGGUUUGCGGACAUCUGGUCAUCUGCUCCUUGGUGUGGUUCGAAUCUACUCCAGAAAAGCAAAGUAUCUCCUUGCAGACUGCAGCGAUGCCCUGAUUAAGAUUAAAACAGCUUUUAGGCCAGGUCAGACAGAUCUGCCGGUGGAGGGGCUUGAGGCCACAAUAAAAGCGAUUACCUUGGUCGAAGAUUUCACUACCUUUGAUCCCCAGCUUCCAGACCCCAGUGACAUAGAUGUGGUGGACCACUUUUCACUGAACCAGUGUCGAUCAGAGGAAAUCACUCUGAAAGAGGAUUUUGGAAAUAACUUUCUAAACUUUGCAGACAUUGGAGAUGAGCGCCAAAAUUAUCAUAAUGUAUUGAUGGAUGUGAGCUUCCAGAGCUUGGCUCAACAUGGAGAUGCAUUAGGGGAUGAGGACCGAGGAUUUGACUUACUCGAUUUUCUGGCGCAGUCCAGUGAUAAUGCUGAGGCCACAGAAUUCAUCCAGGAGAAUCCACAAAAUGAAAACCUGCCGAGCUCGCCUUUAUAUGAUCAGCAAGAGCCCAUAUGUUUGGCAGAUGCUAACGGAACAGAUUCCAUGGAAGUAGAGACCCCGAUGGCGAAUCAGACCACCCUGCUCGCUAAUGAGGAGGCCUUUGCUCUCGAACCUGUGCCCAUCACUCCAAACUCUGAGAGGAAGAAGGGGAAGAGGAAACGCAAGUUGGUGGUGGAUCAGACUAAAGAGCUGAGCAACGAAUGCAUCAGAAAGCAGCUUUCUGACUUUUCAGAUCUGGUCACUCCUUUGGACAUGGCCCCGCCCACUGUGCAGCUAAUGCAGUGGAAAGAGAGCGGAGGUGCAGAUAAACUCUUUGCACAGCCGUGUUCCACUGUUUUAUCGCUCCAGAUAAAGGAGCUUUUUGCUAGGAGUUUUUUCCAAGUGAAGCGCCGUGGUGUACGUGAGGAUGUUGAGGAGAUGCGCCACGAAGAGCAUAAAGCUCAGAGAGAACGAAGUGCCCUCACUACAGAAGUCAGUGUCAUGGAUUUAUCAGCUGAUCCUGAAAAAACACACAACACUGAGCUGACUGAACACGAUCACGUCAACGACAGCCAGCGUGAGAGCUACUCACAGCUCACACAAGAUGAAAACAGGUCAGAGCUUACUCAUCCAUCACUUCCAUCUGAAGACUCCAUAUUUGUCCACCCGCCUUACUUGGAGCACAGCACGCAGUCAACUUCCCUCCACACUCAGUCUAUGCUGAAUAGCCAGGACUUUGAGGAGAGGAGGAUAACCAGGCGAGCACAGAAGCUUCUAAACGCUCUAAAACAGAGCCAGCAUGACAGCAAAGACCCCACGUUCAGCCUGCAGGGAAUUUGUGAAGGAAGCAAUCGCUGGCAAGCUGCAACCACCUUCUUCUGUUUCCUCGUCCUGAAAAAACAAGAAGUCCUCCGCCUGUGUCAGACCGCUCCCUAUGAGGACAUCUCUGCCACACCUGGACCCAAAUUCUACAAUUAGUAAAAAGCAGAAGUCAGUCUUCUAACAUGCCAGCUUGGGUUUGUAAAUGACGCAGAAUCACUGUGUCUGUUUAACUCUGAUAAGAUUAUAUUAAAGUUACUGAAAUAAGCUUCUGGAAUAAAUAGUAUAAACUGCAUUAAAUGAACACAUAUUACUCUGUUUAUAUGUUUGCUUGUUCUGGGUUUCAGUGAAGGAACACGUUUCCUAAAAUGCUUGGCCAGACUGUUUUAUCAGGUCUCUGAUUUUACAUAUUCAAUUCUCUAUAUGUUUUAGUCUGCUUUCUGCUUUUUCUGUCGUGUAUAUUUAUUCCAGACACAAGAUCUCAGAAGUUAUUUCUGUGACCAGUUACACAAAAAAAAGUCACAUAGCUCUUUGUUGUUUUAUCUGAAAUGUUGCUGUUCUUCAUUCUUCAAAACUUUCUUUAACAAAGUAUUUAACGUGACUCUUUAGCAGGUAGAAAUAUGUUGUUAAAGUUAAUUAUUUAAGUAGUGAAAAUUUUGAAGUUUCUCUAUUCGUGCUGUGUCUUGUAUUGGCUGAUGCAUUGUGGAUUGCAUUAAAGUAAAUGCAUAUAUCAAA